CACCUACCCUAAAACAUAAUGGACCAAUUUUGUCAUUUUCUCAAUUCCUAACACUUUUAAUUUCAAUUACAGCCUCUGGCGACAUAUUAUGACUAUCUCAAUAAUCUGACCAACCCCAUCUCACAUUAAUCAAGAUUCCUCUUUUCUGAUCAGAUUUUUAUUUUGUGGAAAUGGAGUUCUUGGAAAGACCUGAUGCUCAAUUGAUUGUUGGGGUUGCUGUUGCUGUUGUUGCUGUUGGUGCUACUGCAUAUCUUUACCUGUCUUCCAAGAAGUCCAAAGUAUGUUUAAAUCCUGAAGAAUUCAAGGGAUUUAAGCUUGUUAAGCGCACACAACUUAGCCAUAAUGUGGCAAAGUUCAGAUUUGAACUUCCAACACCCACUUCCGUGUUGGGCCUACCCAUUGGACAGCACAUUAGUUGCAGGGGCAAAGAUAGUCAAGGUGAAGAGGUUGUUAAACCAUACACACCAACUACUUUGGACUCUGACGUUGGAUAUUUUGAAUUAGUUAUAAAGAUGUAUCCUCAAGGAAGGAUGUCACAUCAUUUCCGGGAAAUGCGUGUGGGUGAUUAUAUGGAAGUGAAGGGACCGAAGGGACGCUUUAAGUACCAGCCUGGCCAAGUUAGAGCAUUUGGAAUGCUUGCAGGAGGCUCUGGCAUUACCCCGAUGUUCCAGGUUGCUAGAGCUAUUCUUGAAAAUCCUAACGACAGGACGAAGGUGCACCUGAUAUAUGCUAAUGUCACUUCUGAAGAUAUUCUUCUGAAGGAAGAGUUGGACGGCCUUACUGCUAACUAUCCUGACCGUUUCAAAGUUUAUUACGUCUUGAAUCAGCCUCCGGAAGGAUGGAGUGGUGGUGUUGGAUUUGUCUCCAAAGAAAUGAUCCAGACUCAUUGCCCUGCCCCAGCAGCUGACAUUAAGAUACUGAGGUGCGGUCCACCACCAAUGAACAAGGCUAUGGCUGCUCAUCUUGAAGCCCUUGGAUAUACCCCGGAGAUGCAAUUCCAAUUCUAACUCCCCUAUUUUUCUUUUUAAUUUUUUAUCCGAGCAUUGAAAUUAAUCUCAAUAUAAAAGAUGUUGCUUUUUAUAGUCUGAUGAAAGACAUUUUUCGUCUGUACUUGGAUUAUAUGUCUGUUAAAUUGAGUUUCAGGGAAUUAAAGCGACUCUAAACCGUGUUUACAAAUUUGAAUAACAUCUCAAUCCUUGAGUAGAAA